UUUACGUUAGCUUGAAAGUUGUUACCUACCGGUUGGUCCUCGCUGGCUGUUAUGAAAGGGGACCGCAUUUCGCGGACACAAAGCUAAAGCAGCCUCAGGAUGCGUAGCAGGACGAGAAGGAGGAGGAGGGUGAUGGAGUUGGUCCUCUGAUGGAGGAUGUUGUCCUACACUACAAGCCUGGAUCAGCUGCUGGGCUCAGCUCUCUGAUAGAGACCACUGAGAAGCUUCUGGAGCCUUUUCCCUGUCGGACUCCUCCAGUAUUCACACCCUGGUUUCCUGCGGUUGCAGACCGCCACCUGCCCAUCAGACCAGCCAAACCAGCUCCUAUCAUCACCUGCUCUGGUGGUUUACUCUUCUCUGGCAGCAGGCCUCACACUCACUCUACACAAAAACAAGAGGCUGAAGUUCUUGAUGAAAAACCUAAUGAGAGAUCGACGACAACAUCACAAGUAGAUCCACAGAUACUUGAAGAUGGCAUCUGCAUCUCAGAAACCCCACACAACCUCCUCCCGGUGUCGCUCUGUACCAAACCAGAGAGAGGCAUCAGCAGCUUGUCUCCUAAAAAACACAAAGAUGGCGUCACCUUUACAGAUUCACCACGUAAACGGUCCUGGAGCGUCUUCACGCAGAGAGGAUUUCCUCUGCAGAGCUCCCCAUCACUGUCCAAACAGUUUCAUCACACAGUGUCCAAACACCAGCUCCACCUCCGCCAGAGGGCCAAAUGGGUGAUCAGUCAACACAACUGUGGGGGGGACAGAGACAUUGAACAAGUGUGGCGAGCUCUGAGCCGGUGUGUCCGCAGCUCCUCCACUCUGCCAAGCUGUAACGCCAACAUCCAGAGGGAGCAGGCGGAGAUCUGGGUGUUCUGUGACGUUCUCCAGGCCGAGCAGGUGGGCCAAUUCCUGAAGGAUGAGCUGCAGCUGUCAGGGAAGAUCAGCCUGACGGUUCGCAGGCUGGGAAACAUCUUCAGUAUGUAGAAGAACUCCAGGACAAAAGGAAACAAGCAGCAGUCUGACUUCAGACGACAAAGACUCAGGGUUUUAUAAACAUGUUCACACGUCCAGGUGUUGGACCAGAUUAACAUCAACAAAAUAUACGUUUAUUUAAGAUGAUUUCUAAAUCUUUAAUGAUGGGCCUCUUUGCCCAUCCAUGUCCACAAAAAGUUUUUAUUUAUUGUGAAGAAUUUGAACUUUGAUGUCAUACUAGUAACAGUCAAACAACUUAAAUACCUGUUUUUAUUCCAUGGCAACAAAAGGAGACGAUCUCAGCCCAAAAUGUUGAAAACUCCUUUUUUUUUUUUUUUUCUUUUUCUUUAAUCAUCAAAAACCAAGGGUGUCUAUUUUUGUUGAAGUCAUAAUUGUAAGAUGGACUCUGGGGACAGAUAGCAGAAGAAAAUUAUGUGGCUGAGUCACUGAGGGAAGACUUUUGCUCCCAGAACUUUUCACAUAAAUAAGAGUAUGAUGGAAGCAGGUUCAGUAAAACCUUAUAAAUAAGGAUAUGCUAAUGAUUUAGCCUAGGUGUUGUCAGUGAAGGCCACCCACCUUGGUCACUUAAGAUUCAUUAUAAAUAUCAGUGCCCCAUAGUAAACAGUAUCCAUGAUUUAAUACAUUGAGAAGAUGCAUGCAUGUUCAGAGCAUCACUGUAAACAAUCGGAGGCAUAAAAAUGGCAGCAAGAAGUCUUUUUUAAGCAGUAAACAAAAAACAAGAAAUAUAAACCCAGUCACAGCUUUAACGUCUUUACAGCGUGUUCAAUAUAAAGCUUAAAAGACAAAAGACAGAGACUCAUCAAUCAGAUACCAAAGGUAUUUAUAAGAAGACAGAUUUAGUCACCCUGAGUUGUAGUAGCAGAAAGCCUGGGUACAGCUACAGCAGCGGUUCUGUCAGAACUGGACUACAUUUCUUUAUUAAAAGAAGAGCAGAGAACCAAACUAGAAGAUUUUCUUGGUGGAAAAGAUGUUUUUGCUCUUCUCCUGACCGGCUCCAGUCAGAGUUUAAUUUACCAACUGGCUCCACUGAUAGUGAACAAUCAUGGGUUGACACAACAGCUUCCUGUAGAGCAUGCGUGAUUUAGUUACCCCUCAGCAUUGGCACACACCUACUACGUUGUAUGUUUCUUUGCUCUGAUUGGCCUGUAAAGAAUGUGAUGGACAGAAUAUUCGUCCAGUCAUCCUCCAUGUUUCUCUUUCAGAAGAUUUAUCCUUCGUGAACACCGUCUAUGGGGUGAUGCCUGGAUGAAUGUGAAUUGUAUCUGUGCAUAACCAGUCCAUCUGGUAUAAAUAAGCCAACUUUAGCUGCAUUUGACCCUUUUUUGGUUUAAAAGUUAUCAUGUUUGAUUUUACUAGUAUGAGAUCAAAGUUUGACAUUCUGGUGUUGUAUCAGUCCUUCUCUGUAGGUCAUUUAUGUCAUUUUUAUUUGCAGAACACAAAAGUUACUCAACUACUAAUAUGUCAGUUGGCCAGUUUUAGUUUUUGUGCAGAUUUUAGACCCAUCCAGCAAAAUGAUCUUUUUGUUCAUUGGUUCCAAGCUUUGGGUCCAGGACUCCCUUUGGGGCGCCUAAAGAUCUCAGGCUUUGUCUGCUCUGAGAAUGUCAAAGUAAGAUUUGCACAAAAGAACUAAAAUCACAAUAAAACACUUCCUAAAUUUUUCAUAUAAAUAUCUUUGGUAGGAAAAAGCUUUUCUUAGAUACACAUAGAGGGCUCAGAGGCAAAAAGAUGAGGAACCGCUGUUGUAACUCACAAAUUUCUUAACAAAUAACUAGAAAUGGAAGGUAUAGGAUUUCUGCCAAUUUGCAAAUGCUUCCAGAUUUAUUGAAGUCGAUACUGUUAUUGAUCAGGAUAUCAAAAUGAGGUUCAGACCUAAGACUUCAAUCUUUUAAACAUGCUUCAGAUUUUUAGGAUUAACAGAUAUUGUGCAGUGCACAGGAAUAUUUUAGUCCAUAUAUUUAGUGCACAGUGUGCACCCCCAAAUCUAAUUAUGCCUGAUACAGCAUGUCAUUUACCAGAAGCUUCUAUGUUUAAAUGAAUUGCUUUUGUCACUGGAAUCUGGUGCAUUUAAAGACAGCAAUGUAACAGCUUUUUUGACUCCACAGGGCCAGGGUUUAAGAAUACAGAAGUAACCUUUUCAUAUGAAUUAAUUUACAUAUUUAACCUCAGCUUGGAGCAAUUAAUGGUCUAUUUUCCAUUACAUUUACCGUGUAUUUUUGGACCCCUAGAGCAUGAAUCUUAAUUUUAAUGAUCGUUUGAUGCUUUCCUUGAAUUUGUGCUUCUUGACUACUGGGCCUUUCUGUGGAACUAGGUCAUAAGACUGAUAAUGCUUGGAGAACUUCUGUGUCUGUGUCGCAGUACUGGCUUUAAACAUGAUGAAACAUUUCAUCAUCAGAAAUUCAUUUUAAAGAGUUUUAAGUUAGAGAAUACACUAUGAAUUAUACUACAUUCUCUAGAGCUUUUUGUAUUUGAUAUUCUGUUUUUAAACUGCAGAGCUUCAUUAAUAUUUUAUUCAAAUCUGCUUCAUUAAUGAGGUGAGCUGAGGGGGAUUGAACCAGUAAACACUUGCUGUGCCAAAUUUCUGCCUAAAUUGUACUUUUAUGAAUUUAUUGACACAAUGAUGCCGAUUGUAUUUUCAUUUUUGUGUAUUUUUUUGUCAA